AAUUCUCGUUCUGUUUUUUCCUUCCUUAGAACAUGCCCUAUUUGUCGAGUACCUUCUGCAUUUGUUACUCCGGUAAGCCAUUCCUCUUUCGCGGUUUCUUUUUCAGUUCACUAGCCAUUGAAAGAGCCAUCGUUUAAAGGAUUUUCCUCAAAAGAAAUUCGUUACUCUUUUGAGUGACAUCAGCUUUCCUGCUGAACAAACACCGGUCAUGUUUUGUUUAUUUUAACCACCCAAAUUGCGUGACGUCAUUUAUAACAUGCGUUUAAGUCACGUGAAGCUGGCUCAAUUAAUUAGGGACUGCGUUGCUUGCAACUCGCUCGUCACUUGGAUGAGAGCCCGUCUGUUCAGCCGGAGGUCGUGAGUUCACUCCCGGCCGGACCACCAGAAACUGGGCAAGAAAGUGCUCGUUGUGCUUAAGAGUACUUUUCUCAGUUUAGGUGAUCGUUUCUUAAGCGGUGACGUUUAGUUAUUGGCUAGUCUUCUUUAUCCUUACAUAUUUACAUUUACAUACAACUGUUUCAAAAAACGUUGUCGGAAGAAAAAUAAAAAGCCUUUAAGCCAAGACUGCAAGGUGGUAUGUGAUUUCUAAUGACGUGCAAUUCCUGCUCUGAUAAAGGAAGUGUUGGGCCGCAGGGUAUGAGGUACAUGGAGUAGGCUGUAGAGGCCGUUUUAUGCACGUCCCUGCACAUUAUGUUAGCGUCGUGGGUUGAAGACUUUUUGCUUUUCUUCCGACAACGCUUUCAAGGUUUAUAUCAGUUACAAGCAGGGCUGUCAAUAAGUUUUUAAGCAGCUGUUUCAUUAAAGGUGUCACCCGUAGCAUGUCUGUACGUGGCACGCUAGCGUGGACUUCGAAAUAGGAAAGUGGCACCGUUCCUAAUUCUUAUGUUAUAACUCAACUAAAAGGGAUUGGCGUUUGUACAUUCUAGAGUGAGAUAUGGGUCGAAGAUCCAGCAGAGAAAAAGAAGCUUAUUGGCGGUUAUAAAGCAGCUUUGAAGUAAGUGGCCUGUUUAUUGGUGUUGAUGUUGUUGUUGUUGUAGAUGUUGUUUUUUCAAAGAAAUUUAGGUCGGUUUAAUCUUGUGACGUAAUUAAUUGUGGUUAAUUGAGCGAGUUAGUGAGAAUUUCAACUGGCAGCCUGUAGUACAUACUGCAAUUACAAGCGUUUUGGACUGUUUGUCAUAGACGAAUCUCUUUGUUCCUUUUUUUGUCUCAUUAACAUAUGCUCAUAAUUAUCUAACGAGGCUAAUAAAAUAAAACCUCAGAAUAUUGAAAGAGCAGAACAAUUUCAGUUGUCUCUUAAAAUUUGAGCCCGAUAUACCGAAUGGUUUCGGAGAAAUUCUCUUUUGAAAACUCAAAAUUUUACAAAGAUGUAUGGCUCAUUUACGUUUUAGCCACCCAACAAUUUCGCAAUUUUCGUUGGCUGAUAUUUCCUUCAAUAUUUAUUUCUUGCAAAGAGCUGAAAAAUGCACAAAUUACUCAAGUUAAUCAGCUCUUUCAGCUUUUGAAUUUAGUUCGUAUGUACGGGCAGGGCUUCUAUGAGUUAAGUCGUAUGCUAAAGAGGAAAACUAUAAACAUUGACGUCAGCAAAGAUUUGCCAUUUGUUCUAGCAGUAUAUGGAUUUUGGAAACUAGCUGUAUCUUCGUUUUGCAGGGAAAAGCCUUGUAGAUAUUUUGCGCAAGGAACGGGGACAUGUCCGUUUGGAUCCAGUUGCUUCUAUAAACAUGGUAAGAAACGUGCCGUGCGUACAUAAAUACAUGCUGUAAAUCAAGUAUUGUUACAUUCGAUAUCUCUAGUAGCUCUCUCGCAGUCGUUUUGUGUCGUCACGCAACGCUGCCCCUUCCUAUUGCGUGAUUACACCAUGUCCCUAGAUGCAAUUCGUUUGUCAUUUGACGUAAACGUGAUGCGUAACCUCUAUUCGUUUGUCUGUUACGUAAGGGUCUGGACGGGGAGCUCCUGAUCCCGCAUCCCGCACUUUCCCGAAUGCCGUUUUUCUUUUUUUUACCUCAAAAUACAUACGCUAAAAAAGACUAAUUGUUGUUAAAGCUAAUAACUCUAAGAUGUAGAUUGGCUCUUUCGAUCCCGCAUCUCGUGCCCAGAUUUUGGUGAAGUCUGUUUCUCGGGUAACAGUCAAAUUUACAAAAUGAAUUACACAGCCGUGACAAAACCCCUUUCAUUUUCAGCUUAUCCAGAUGGAAGAAUCGAAGAAGUGAAGUUGAGGCAUUGUAAUACUUCUCGAGGAGACUCAAAAAUCAUAGAAACGUAC